ACCACUUCCGGCUAUAUACGAAUUGAUAACGUGCAACGUUAUCAAAAAUUAGUAUGACGGUCGUAGCGACUAUCAGAUAAGCAAAGAUAUUACUUACUGGAAGGUGAAGGCGAUGAAUCAAACGCGAAACGAUGAGAAGACAGUGCACAGUGUUUCUCUGGCUUUGCUUCGUAGUAUCUUCUAAAGGAAAUCUGAUUGUUGCAAAUGACAGCAGUCCUUACUGUCUCCAGUUUACAUGGCUCGGACCGAUGCAUAACAGUCACUCCGCUGUCAAAGUCAACUGUUCAGGGUUUGUCGGAGUACCAUGCGUAGAACCAUACAUAGUAACCGAGGAUUCGACACCACCAAAUAUAACCUACAUGUGGAGUCACUUGAAUCAUUCGAUGAUCGGUUGUCCCCUGAAGAAUGGAUACGUCUGUCUAAAAUACAGUUACACUUAUAACAAUGCUGUACUCAACAGCACGCAUUUUUGUGGGAAAAUGAUCGAGGAUACCACAACAGCAGUUACUUCUGGAUGUUACUCGCAACAGAUAAGAGGACACACCGUAGAAGUUUGCGCCUGUAGAUCACGAAAUGGUAGCGUACCUUGCAACGACUCAACGGCAAACAAUAUCUCGGUAAUAAUAAUGUCAUCGUUACUACUGACAAUUAUUUAUCACACUGUACAACGCGAGUUGCCCCUUUUUAUUAAAUGAUCGUAACAAAGGUGA